CGUGAAACUUUUUGGAAAUUUAGAACAGGUAAUAAAAAAGGGUUUCCCUGUCCAUAAUUUAGAAUGCUAUUGAAGUAGUCUGCCUUUCACCCUUACCCGGUGGGGAAUAAUUGUACUGUUUACUUUUGUAUCCCCUGUGGCUUUGGACUUUAAAUUACGCUUAGAAUGCGGAGGCUUGGCUUCCGAAAGUCGCUCCUUAAUUGGCCGCCUAGUGUAGCACAAGCGACCAUAUUUCUUGACUUGUUAGUGAAAGCUGUCUACUGUUGACACCAAAAAUUAUGUCUGGACGGUGUCCUCGUUGUAAUGACCGUGUCUAUGCAGCGGAGCAAGUUAUAGCUGGAAAAAACAAGUAUCACAAACGAUGCUUCACUUGUAACAAUAAGCCCACUUGCAACAAGUCCUUAGACAGUGGCUCAUUCAAUGAGCAUGAUGAUCAAGUGUACUGUAGAGGCUGCUAUGGCAAACUAUUCGGACCCAAAGGAUAUGGCUAUGGGGCUGGGGCUGGCGCACUCCACUUGACUGGAAAGUAAACCCCUAAUUUUGGUCACAUUCAGUGACAUGUAACUAAGUUACUUUGCACAAUGUAUUUUUAUGUGGAUAAAUGAUCAAACACUUGUCAACUAUA